UGCGUGCUGGCCGGUUCUGCGGCUCCGAGGGUUUGGAAAGUUAGCGGCUGGAGGGGUCCCGCCCGGGUUCGGUGUCCGUCGCGUCUCCUCGCGCGCUUCCCGGUCCGCGCUGUGCCGCCUCCCGGCCUCGGGCAGCGUGCGGAGCUCUCGAAGUACCCUGGAGGUCCUCAGAAGACUUAAGAAGAUACAGAAGGUAGAGGAAAGGGGACUUUUAAGCUUUUCUGGCCCUAAAUGGCUACAGAAUCAAGAAAGCCUUCUUCGGCCCCAUCUCCACCAGACCGGGCUUCUGAAGAGGACCUUGUCAUUGUCAAGAUAGAGGAGGAUCAUGGUUGGGAUGAGGAGUCUAGUGUGCAUGAAAAUAAUACUUCUGGCCAAGAAUUGUUUCGCCUACGCUUCAGGCAGCUAUGCUACCAGGAGACAUUAGGACCCCGGGAAGCUCUGAUCCAGCUUCGUGCACUUUGCCAUCAGUGGCUGCGGCCAGACUUGAACAGCAAGGAGCAGAUCCUGGAGCUGCUGGUGCUGGAGCAGUUCCUGACCAUCCUGCCUGAGGAGCUGCAGACUCUGGUUAAGGAACACCAGUUAGAAAAUGGAGAGGAGGUGGUGAGCCUGUUGGAGGACUUGGAAAGGCAGAUUAAUAUCCUAGGACGACCAGUUUCAGCUCAUACACAUGGGCACAGGGUACUCUGGGAGGAAGUUGUAUCUUCAGAAUCUGCACCAGAACCUCCAAGUACUCAGCUCCAAGCCAUGGCAACCAAGCAUAAAUCUUCAGUGCCCCAGAAGCCACAGGACAGAGGAGAGAGGCCUGAUUUCACUUAUAAGGCCAUGUCUGCUUCUCAGAGUCCUACUCCUUCCCAGAAAGGAAGUUCUGGAGAUCAGGAGGUGACAGCUAGACUUCUCACUGCAGGGUUCCAGACUUUGGAAAAGAUUGAAGACAUGGCUGUGUCUCUUAUUCGAGAGGAGUGGCUUCUUGAUCCAUCACAGAAGGAUCUGAAUAGAGAUAACAGGCCCGAGAAAUACAGAAACAUGUUCUCCCUGGAUGGUGAGACCAGGAGUGAGAACAAGGAAUUAUUUUCAAAACAGGUAAUAUCGACUGGAAUCCAGCCACAUGGACAGACAGCUGCCAGCUGCAAUGGGGAUGUUAUCCUGGGUCUUGCGCAUGGAAAAACCCAAGACCUUCUGGGCAGAUUAGAGAGGCAGCAGGGAAAUCCCACACAAGAGAGACGGCACAAAUGUGAUGAAUGUGGGAAAAGCUUUGCUCAGAACUCAGGCCUUGUUCGACACUGGAGAAUCCACACGGGAGAGAAACCCUACCAGUGUAAUGUGUGUAGUAAAGCCUUCAGUUACAGGUCAGCCCUUCUUUCCCAUCAAGAUAUCCACAACAAAGUGAAGCGCUACCACUGCAAGGAAUGUGGGAAGGCCUUCAGUCAGAACACAGGCCUGAUCCUGCACCAGAGAAUCCACACUGGGGAGAAGCCAUAUCAGUGUACUCAGUGCGGUAAGGCCUUUAGUCAGAGUGCAGGCCUUAUUUUGCACCAGAGAAUCCACAGUGGAGAGAGACCGUAUGAAUGUAAUGAAUGUGGAAAAGCUUUCAGUCAUAGUUCACACCUCAUUGGACACCAGAGAAUUCACACUGGGGAGAAACCCUAUGAGUGUGAUGAGUGUGGGAAAACCUUCAGACGCAGCUCUCAUCUUAUUGGCCAUCAAAGAAGCCACACUGGGGAGAAACCCUACAAAUGCAGUGAGUGUGGGAGGGCCUUCAGUCAGAAAUCAGGCCUUAUUGAACAUCAGAGAAUCCAUACUGGAGAAAGACCCUAUAAGUGUAAAGAAUGUGGGAAAGCUUUCAAUGGGAACACUGGUCUCAUUCAGCAUCUGAGAAUACAUACAGGGGAGAAGCCCUAUCAAUGCAAUGAGUGUGGGAAAGCCUUUAUUCAGAGAUCAAGCCUCAUUCGACAUCAAAGAAUCCACACUGGAGAAAAGCCUGAAACCACCGGAGUGUAGGGCAAGCUCUGGUUGUCAUUGGAGCAUUAUUGAGCAUUAGAGGAACCAUGUAGUAGUGGAAGAGUCUAGUGAAAAAGGCAGACUCUGUAGUGGUGACAAAGUUAGGAAUAGCACUUCAGUUGUUUGAGCCCAAUCCCUGAUACAAACUGAUUAGCUUGACUGUGUUUGGAGGAAUCCGGUGAAGCAGAGAGCCCUAGCAGCUUAUAUGUUCUUCAGAACUUGAAAAUAACAGCAAAUUGCUUAUUGGGACAUAAAACACUAUAUUUUGUCUUUCCCAAGUGUAGCUGUAAGUUUGAGAGGGGCCACUCCUAAGCUGCUCUUCUCCCGGUUUCCUGUGGUCCCAUUCUGUCAUCCCUCUGAAGGUGCCCUUGUAAAUCCUAAUCUAAGAAGCUGCUUGACUCCAAGGCAACCUCAAUGAGGCUAUGAUUUGUAUUUAGCUUUCUAAUACCCUAGUUAGAGGGAAAUUGUUAGACACUUAACAUAUUAUUCUAAUACUCUUAGGUGGUAGAAAUCCAUAUUCCUCUACAAACUCAAUGCUAUAUUUUUAACAGCACUGUAGCAUUUUUCUUCAUUUAGCACCUUUAUUGACUCCUUUGAGUCCCUGAGCUCAUAUCCUUCAUAUCCUUUACCACCCCCAGUCUCAGUACAUGUGUCAGCAAAGGAAGUGGAUGCAUUAGUGAUGAUGCUGGGAGUGAUGCAAAGAAAGGUGAGUGGAGACUCGGCCUGGCUAUUGAGCAUGGACAGUUGAACCUCAAGGUGACUCUCCUGAUUCUCCUUUACCUUACCACUGUACACUGUGGUUUGAAAAAAUAUUUGCACUAUCAAAGCUUUGGCACCACAUAGGAGACAGAGGUGCUAGAAAAAGACAUUAAAAAUCCUUUCAAAGAAUGUACAUCAUCCCUUUGGCCCAUUACAAUACUGCUCUCAGGUUCCUAUCUAUAUAAACUCCCUGAGUACAUGGUCAGCCUGGACUGACCUUCUCAGAUGGCCUCUGCAGCUCCAUCAUCUUCCAUCUGUUUCCUUCCAUUUGCAUAUCUUCAGUAUCCAUAGUGGUAAUAUAUCAAAUACCUCACCUCUGGUUCCUCAUUCUGAAUUCUGGUGCAUUCCAUCAGUCAUCUAACAACAAAGAGAGACUAUUAUACUCAUUGUCACCAGGCCCUAUAUUUCACCUCUAAGGCUUUCAGCAUAACAGGAUAGUGUAUAAAAUAAUGAAACUUGUUUUAAAAUAACAAACCAGAUCUUGUGCAUCUAAAAUUUAGUGUCCUUUCAGAUAAGUAAUUAUACUUACUACUUAUUCUAGUAGUGCUACUAGUCCUCCAAUAUUGGGAAUAUUCUUAGAAUUUUCAUUUAAUGAAGAGCAAGAAAACCAUGUGUUACUAAUAAUUAUAUUUCGUGUUUGACCAUUUGAUUAGACAUUGGGCUUGGAGUUGAAUAACGUUUGCUUUGCAACAUUAAUCCUCACACUUAAAAUUAUUCCAUUAAUCUUACUCAGAAGAACAUAAGUAGGCUCUGAUGAAAUAUCCAAGAAAACAAUUUCACACUGACUACCAUGAAAAGAUUCAUCUUAGCUUCUUUGGUUAACUCUCUCAGACCAGUCCUUUUCAUGAUUCUUUAUUCUCUUGUCCUUUCUGUUUGCUUCCUUCCUGUUUAGUAUAGAUUGCCAUCCCUAACUCUACUCUAACACACUAAACCACUGAGCCAUCUCUCCAGCUCCAAUUGGCUUGAGUUGUGCCUUCCGCUGUCUAGAUGACAGGAUUUCUGUAUAGGUCAGUGCUACCUUGUGUGCAAGAGUUGCAUAAGAUACAUACAUUGUCAGAGAAGCUAGGUGUCUGCAUGUGUGCAUAUAUGCAUGCCCACUCCUCGUACACUUUUGUGGAGCACCUGAUUUCAUCUCCAAUAAAUUGCUCUUUUAGCAUUUG